CAUGUAAAAAGCCCAAAAACUUGAUUCCACUUUAAAUUGGCACAAUGUUUGAAAUUAACAACAUUUGACCGGCAUUUUAAUUACGCAACUGCAGGAACAUAACCCCCUUUCAGUCCCCCCUCGCCCACACCGCUGUCCGCUUAGUUUUUCCCGCCGGUGGAGUGUGUACACACUGGCCACCAGAUGCAGCGCUUGACGAAAUCGUUACGUUUACUUACGUACUUUCCCACGGGAAAGAAGGUCCUUCCUCCUGGCACAUGUCCUUUUUGGGACCUGAAGAGGGAUUACUCCUCGGAGCCCGUGGAACUGAGCUUCGAUUCGUACACGGGCGAGGGAACCGACGAAACGAGGCCACCGCUAGUGACCUACCAUGGACUCUUCGGUUCCAAGCAGAAUUGGCGCGGAAUUAGCAAGGCUCUGGUGCGGAAAGUCCCCAGAAAGGUGUAUGCCAUAGAUGUCCGGAAUCAUGGCGAGAGUCCCCAUUCGAGUGUCCACAAUUCCGCGGCGAUGAGCGAGGAUUUGCGUCUGUUUCUGGAGCAGCGCAAUCAUCCAAGGGCCGCCUGCAUGGGUCACAGCAUGGGAGGUCGCUCCAUGAUGUACUUCGCCCGCAAAUACCCCGAAAUGGUGGAGCGAUUGAUAGUGGUGGACAUAUCGCCCAUUAGCGUGCCGCGUUCCACUGGCGAGAUGACGCAAAUCUUCGACGCGAUGGUCUCUCUGGAUCUCUCACCGACUUUGUCCAUGGGCGAGGGCAGGAAAAUCGCCAGGGAAAAACUACUGAAAGCCACCGAAGACGAGACCGUGGACUUUAUCAUGCUGAACCUGCGUAAAGAUCCCAAUUCGGGGGCAUUCUCGUGGGCCUGCAACGCCCAGGUUCUUCGAGAUUUCCUUACCCGCUUCGAUAACUACCAGAGCAAUCUGGAGGAACUGCCUCCGUAUACGGGACCCACCACUUUUAUCUGCGGAUCGCGAUCACCCUACAUGAGACGCGAGCAAUGGCCGCAGAUUCAGGAAAUGUUCCCCAAUUCCGAGCUUCACUGGCUGGAGGCUGGUCAUCUGGUGCAUUUCGAACAGCCGCAGGAAUUUUUAACACUAGUCAGCGAUUUCCUAAACAGAUCUGACUGAACAAUCAAAUUGUUAUGUUAGCCAAUUGUACAAAGGAGCCAAUAAUAGAUAGGCUUUAGCUAAAUUAACUAUAAA